GUGGGAGGCUGGAGUGGGGGUAGGGCCCCAGCUCUGCCCCUCAUUAUGCCCCUCCUCACUUAUGCUCUCUGAACCAAAAGGAGGACUCAGUCUAAACUAGUUCUUAGGAAGGGUCCACGAGGCUCCGCAAGUUAUACAUAUAUAUGCAAAGCCCAUUCUUCUGGGGAGAGGCCAUAGCUUUCAUCAGCGUGCCCAAAGCAUAAAACCUCUGCUCUACAACCUCUGGCCGAGCCCUGCCCGUUUCAGAGCCAUUCUGGGCUCAGACCAGGCAAGCAGAAGCAGCAGUGGGGCCACAGUCAGGCCUCGGAGCCUCAGAGACCUGAGUCCUGGUCCCCUCUGUCCCUCUUUGGGCAUAUCUCCUGUCUUGCCCUCUGGACUGGAGGGGCAGGCGCUCAUGCUCUGUUCUCCGGCUCAGCCCUGUCUGACUCUCCUCUUUCCUGUCCCAGACCUGGGGUGGCUGGCAGGCCCCUUCCUGCUAGCCCUCUGCCCUCCCUCUCAUUCUGGCCCUUCCCAGCCCCUGCCCAUCUGUGAACCUCCCAGGAGCUUUGGCACCCCUUUGUUCCCCUGGAGGGCCUGGGCCAAGCUGAGAGCCCAGGGUCCUGGGAAGAGCAGCCUGCAGUAAGGAAUCCCGGAAGCCCUUCUGAGGGAGACCCCUCCAGGGGCCCCCAGGAAGAGAUCAGCACAAACAGGUGCAGGAGCCCCUCAUGGAGCCCCCAGAAGAGCAGUCUCUGCAGGAGCUCCCCACAGAAGAGUCCCUGCCUGAGGACUCCGGCCUGGAGGGGGCUCCCAGCACGCAUAUUCUCUACGUGGGCCACCUGAACCCCCAGUUCUCAGUGCCGGUGCUCACCUGCCUGCUCCGAGACACCCUGGAGCGGCUGGAGCUGCCAGUGGCGCGGGAGCACAUCGAGGUGGUGAGGCGGCCGCGGAAGGCCUAUGCCCUGGUGCAGGUGGCCACCUCUGAGGACACCCUGGCCUCCCUCCGCUGCCGCCUGCAGACAGCCUUGGAGGAGCACCAGAUCAUCAAGGAGCUGGUGGCCCGCGGGAAGGAGCUGGUGUUGGGAGACGGCCGUGAGCCCACACACCACAGAGAGGAGGAAAACAGAGGCCCGAGCCCUGGCCCCAGCCCCAGCCCCAGCCCAGGCCACAGCCCAGGCCCCAGCCCAGGCUCCAGCCGCCCACCUGCCAGGCGCACCAAUGCCCCACCGGCCCAGGCUCUGGGGUGGCCUAGCUCCAUGCACCAACCCAGCUGCACGCGCUCGGACAGCGCCAUCGUGCACCAGGAGAUCCAGGGCCAGGAGCGGCUUUUCCAGGGCGCCUUCCUGGGCAGCGAGACGCGCAGCAUGGAGUUCAAGAGGGGCGGCGGCGAGUACCUGAGCCUGGCCUUCAAGCACCACCUGCGGCGCUACGUGUGCGCCUUCCUCAACAGCGAGGGCGGCAGCCUGUUGGUGGGCGUGGAGGACAGCGGGCUCGUGCGGGGCAUCCGCUGCAGCCACCACGAGGAGGACCGCGUGCGCCUGCUGGUGGACUCCGUCCUGCAGGGCUUCAGGCCGCAGGUCUUCCCUGACGCCUACACGCUCACUUUCAUCCCAGUGGUCAACACCUCCGCCAGCGGCACGCCCCUCAAGGUGAUCCGCCUGAGUGUGCACGCCCCCAAGGCCCAGGCUGAGCCGCAGCUCUACGAGACAGACCAGGGGGAGGUGUUCCUGCGGCGUGAGGGGAGCAUCCAGGGCCCGCUGGCCGUCCACGCCAUCCAGGAGUGGUGCAGACAGAAGUGGACAGCGGAGCUGAGCAAGCUGGAGGAGAGGGUGAAGGUGCUGGCGGCCGAGAAGGAGCAGCUCCAGCAGCGGCUGCGGCAGCGCAGGCCCAUCUCCUGCACCUGCUGCGUCCUGUGAGGGCCCCGCGGGCAAGUGAGCGCAGGGAUGAAGCUGGCACUCUCCCUGGGACAUACAGGGAUUGCCUGUUUGAGCCAAAGACCUCCCAAUAAACCCAUCUGGUUGCUCAGAGGGGGACGGGAACACCAGGCUUCCUUGCUCCUUCAGCAGAAUUGCACACACGGGCUGGUCCCAGGUGGCUUCGAUCCUGAGCAGACUCUGGGCUGUGUAGCUAAUAAAUUGCUCUUAGCAUGAGCCCCAAGGAACCUCA